GAAGACUCCCUGGGUUAUAAAGAUGAAGAGUCUACUUCUUCUGGUGCUGAUUUCAAUCUGCUGGGCUGAUCAUCAUUCAGACAACUAUACUCUAGAUCAUGACAGAGUUAUUCACGUCCAAGCAGAAAAUGGCCGCCGUCUACUCGUGGAAGCAGAACAAGCCAGGGUGUUCUCAUACAGAGGUGGCAAUGUUACACUGCCAUGUAAAUUUUAUCGAGACCCUACAGCAUUUGGCUCAGGAACCCACAAGAUCCGAAUUAAGUGGACCAAGCUAACUUCAGAUUACCUCAAGGAAGUGGACGUUUUCGUUUCCAUGGGAUAUCACAAGAAAACCUAUGGAGGCUACCAGGGUAGAGUGUUUCUGAAGGGAGGCAGUGAUAACGAUGCUUCUCUGGUGAUCUCAGACCUCACCCUGGAGGAUUAUGGGAAAUAUAAGUGUGAGGUGAUUGAAGGAUUAGAAGAUGACACUGCUGUGGUAGCAUUAGAUUUACAAGGUGUGGUAUUCCCUUACUUUCCACGACUGGGGCGCUACAAUCUCAAUUUCCACGAGGCACAGCAGGCUUGUCUGGACCAGGAUGCUGUGAUUGCUUCCUUCGACCAGCUUUACAAUGCCUGGCGGGGCGGGCUGGACUGGUGCAACGCCGGCUGGCUCAGUGAUGGGUCUGUGCAGUAUCCCAUCACAAAGCCCAGAGAGCCUUGUGGAGGCCAGAACACGGUGCCCGGUGUCAGGAACUACGGGUUUUGGGAUAAAGACAAAAGCAGAUACGAUGUUUUCUGUUUUACAUCUAACUUCAACGGCCGGUUUUACUACCUGAUCCACCCCACCAAGCUGACCUACGACGAAGCGGUGCAGGCUUGUCUCAACGAUGGUGCUCAGAUCGCAAAAGUGGGCCAGAUCUUCGCUGCCUGGAAACUUCUGGGAUAUGACCGCUGCGAUGCGGGCUGGCUGGCGGAUGGCAGCGUCCGCUACCCCAUCUCGAGGCCGAGGAGACGCUGCAGUCCCACCGAGGCUGCCGUGCGCUUCGUGGGGUUCCCAGAUAAAAAGCAUAAGCUGUACGGUGUCUACUGCUUCAGAGCAUACAACUGAGUGUGCCCCUAGAGCACAUCAGUUUUAAAGUCAUUAAGAACAUGUGAAAGGUUUUUUGUGUUUUUCUUUUUUGUUUUUUUUUUCAACACGAACUCAUGC